AUGUCUAUUUUUCGUACAUAUCCAGCAAUUCGAGAAAAAUAUGAUCAAAAUGUUCCUACGGGACAUAUGACUGAAGCUGAUUUUUGGCGAACAUUUUUUCAAUCACAUUAUUUUACUAUGGAUCGUAUGCAUUCAUCUCAUUCGCGUGAUCUUUUUACAGAUUGUGUUAAACGAGAUGAUGAAAAAAUGCAUAAUGAAGCAGAACGGGCUAGUCGAAAAGCAAUGGCUGUAAUUGCACCAGAAACCAAUGAAACAAGUGAAAUUGGUUAUGGUGUUAAUGAAAGUAUUACAGAAACAACAGGAAAAAAUGAUUUAAAUAAGAAUCUUAUUAAACGAUUUAAUUUUCAUUCAACUAUGAUACUUAAAAGUACACUUGGUUUAGAUACAAAUAAUGAUACAUCAUCUACAAAUCGAUCAGAAAUUGUUGAUGAUGAUGAUGAUAAUGUUGCCAAAAAAUUUAAACCAGAUGAUGAUUUAGAAGAUUUGCGAACCGAACCACCCGAAGAAACUCAAACAUUAAAAUUAGUUAAUCCUGAAAGAUAUCUACGUGCGCCAACAACAGAUCGUUCACAAAAAAAUUCUGUAUUACAAAUACCCACAAAUCUUAAUAAUCUCAAACAAGAAAUGACCAAUUGGCAUGUUAAUACAGAAUUAAGUUUGAAUUCAUCUUUAGCACAUAGAAUUGUUAAAGAUUUAACACCUGGUGGUGCUCUUAUGCAUGGAACAACGGCACAAACAUUAUCACAAAUUGUCCCUCAAAAUAUUCAAGAAGAAAUGCAAACUAUUUAUAUAUCAUUGAGUGAACUUCUUCGUCAUUUUUGGUCAUCAUUUCCACCGAGUUCACCUUUAAUUGAAGAAAAAAUUCAUCGUGUUCAUGAUACAAUUGAACGUUUUCGAGAAACACAAGUUAAUGCUUUUAAAGAAAAAGUAUCAACUGAUCUUUUAACAGAUUUUCAUUUGGCAGGUCAUAUGGAAGAUCUUAUUGAUACAGCUAAUACAAAAUAUCAUCAAUGGAUUAAAACAUUAUCAUCAACUGGACGAACUUAA